AUGAGGCGCGUGUGCGCGGUGGACGGGCGCUGGGGCUGCAACGGCUCUUUGCGGAGAGGCCGGGCGGGGCUGGCCGCCGGGGUCGGCAGGGGGGGCCGCGGCUCCGGCGGGCCAGAGGAGCUCUUGGAGGCGGGCGGCGAGAAGGGCUGGCGGGGCCAAUCGCGGGGCUGCCCGCAGCAGCUGGCGGAGCGCUACGCGGACCUGGCGGCUAGCCACUGCGAGGCGCUGCGGCAGCGAGAGGAGCGCGAGUGGCACAACGCGCGGCUGCGCCUCGAGAACGUGCGGCUGCGCCUCGAGAACCGCCGCUUGCGCCGGGAGAAUCGCUGCCUCUUUCGCCAGGCCCUGCUGGGGCCCGGCCCCCACGAGCCAGAAAAGGGCGAGCGGCCGGACCAGGGCGGGGAAGCGGAGACUCUGAGGGCACAGCUGGAGCGGCUGCAGGAGAAGCACCGUCGCGUCCUGCAGCAUCUGCAGCGCUGCCGGGAGCUCGCAGAGCUGGGCGGCGGGGAGGUGCAGGAGCUGCGGAGGGACGACGCGCGGCCACCCUCCGCUCUCGAACCGGUCGAGCGCGACGCCGCCCCACUGGGCGGCUCCGAGGUGGAGGAGGAGGCGGUGCUGUCCUGCGUGAGGCUCAGCGGAGAUGGGGGCGGUGGUGUCCUUCCGCCCGCCCCGCGCAGCCCCGGGGGAGGGCCGCGCUGAGGGAAGCUGCUUCCCGAGAGCGGAGCGGGGUGCGGUCCCUUCAUUUGUGUGUGUCUGAGCAGCGUUGGAGGAGCCGGGAAAGGGACGCUUGGAAGAGGCCGACGCUGUAGUCGAAGAAGGACUCAAAGCCGCCGUUGUUGUGGAGAGAAUCACCCCUGUUGGUCCCGCGUCACCUCAGAACUGUGCUGUAGACAGGAUCGUGUAGGCCUCGUAGCACACAUCAGAAGAUGGCUCUGGCCAAUUCCUAGUCAUCUGUUAUGUCAGCAGCACUCCUGUGAGAGCCACUGGUCCCUGGAGCUCUGCGUUGCCUGAAUGAGAAAUGGCACCUGUGUCUCUAAGGAUGGACUUUGGUCACCUUCACAUAAAUACUGAUUUGUAUUUCACACUUCCACGUAAAAUCACAGUUGUUAAAUAAAAACAUGACCAAGCAA